GCACGUUUGUCACGCUCUGGAAUCGAGCUCGCGCUCGCACGCGGUCAAAACGUGACCAGACUCCAGUCGGGAGCGCGCGCGGGGCACACCCCCUCCAUCUGCCGCCUCAGGACGGAAGUGGGUCCAUUUUUGCUCCAGAUCGGAGCGGCUCCAGGAGCUGCUAUCGCCGCGCGACCGCGACAUGUCCGCCGGGAUUCGGGUCCGCAGUUCCGCAGACGCCGCGUGAGGCCACCGGCCGCUCCCAGAGGCGACUACCGAGCACGAAACUCGCCACGAACCGCGGCGCGCAUUCCUCCACGCAGCCCGGCCGGACAGGAGAGCGCGUGCGGGCACGGAGACCGUCGGAGGACCCGUGUUCGUGUUCGUCGGUUUUCAUGAAUGAUUGACGGAGUCUCGGCAGAUGACCCGACGCCACCCGAGCGGACCCGAAAGACGAGCAGCGGAGCCCCCAGGUCAUGGUGCUGCCGGGGCGGGGGGGGGCACAUUCUGCUGAGACGGAACCAGUGAAGACUGAGCUCCGAACCUUUGAUGAUCUGUGAUUCUCUGAGGGGAAAGUCGGCCCCGCUGCUCUCGGGGGGGUCUGUUGGUGAAUCUACCUCAGUGCGGCGAGGACCCCCCCGCUCACGUGUCCUCAGAUGAACGCCUCCCCCCUGCUCCUGUAGUGGACCGAGCCUGCUCGCCGAUGGCCUCGUUCCCGGACUCGGACCUGCAGACGUGUCCGCUCUGCAAGGAGCUGUGCGGCUCCUCGGCCCCCAUCUCCUCCAGCUCCUCCACCUCCUCGUCCUCCUCUCACACCUCCUCGUCGUCCAGCCAGACCAGCCGGAGGCUGCACGUCCUGCCCUGCCUGCACGCCUUCUGCCGCCAGUGCUUGGAGGGGCAGCGCAGCCCCAGCGACCCCCUGAAGCUGCGCUGCCCCACCUGCGACCAGAAGGUGUCCAUCUCCGAGGCCGGCGUGGACUCGCUGCCGUCCUCCAACUUCCUCUUCAGCAACCUGCUGGACGUGGUGGUGAGCUCCGAGGAGCAGAUCCAGAACAAGAACGGCCACCACCACCGCGGGGGGCUGGUGGGGGGCUCCCCGGCCUUCCACCACUCCCACGGGGGCCUGCUCCACCACAUGGGAGAGCCCCAGUGCAGCUCCUGCGACGAGGAGAACCCGGCCACCUCCCAGUGCCUGGACUGCCAGGAGUACCUGUGUGACAACUGCGUGCGCGCGCACCAGCGCGUGCGCCUGACCAAAGACCACUUCAUCGAGCGCCUGGGGGAGAGCUUCCCCCCCAGCAGGGUCAACGCCAACUCCAGCCAGCCGGUGGUGUCGGUGUCCAUCGCCCAGUCCCUGCAGAACAACUUCGCGCUGCUGUCCCUGUUCCAGGACCGGAUGAACUUCUGCCAGCAGCACGACAGUGAGGUGUUCCUGUUCUUCUGUGAGACCUGCUCCGUGCCCAUCUGCAGGGAGUGCAGCGUGGGCCGCCACAUGGGCCACACCUUCGUUUACCUGCAGGACGCCGUCCAGGACUGCCGCGCCAUCACCAUCCAGCUGCUGGCAGAUGCUCAGCAGGGCCGGCAGGCGCUACAGCUCAGUAUGGAGAAGGUCCAGGCCAUGGCGGAGCAGGUGGAGAUCAAGGCCAAGGUGGUACAGACUGAAGUGAAAGCUCUCGUUCUGAGACACAAGAAAGCUCUGGAGGAGCGAGAGUGUGAGCUCCUGUGGAAGGUGGAGAAGAUCCGUCAAGUGAAAGCCAAGUCUCUUUACCUGCAGGUGGAGAAACUCCACCAGAGUCUGACCAAACUGGACAGCAGCAUUUCGGCUGUCAGCCAGGUGCUGGACGAGGGCCAUCACCUGGACGUGCUGCUCGCCAGGGACCGAAUGCUCACACAGAUCCACGAGCUCAAGGCUCUGAGGAGCCUCCUGCAGCCGCAGGAGGACGACCGCUUUAUGUUCACGCCCCCAGACCAGGCCUUGUACAUCGCCAUCCAGUCCAUGGGCAUGAUCAGCAGCGGAGCCUUUGCCCCCGUCACCAAAGUCCACGGGGAGGGUCUGAAGAGCGCACUGCGGGGGAAGCCCGCCUCCUUCACUGUGAUGGGAUACGACCACGACGGAGAGCCACGCCUGUCCGGCGGCGACGCCGUGUCUGCCAUGGUCAUGUCAGUAGCUGAUGGCAGCCUGACGGCUGUGGAGGUCUCCGACCAUCAGAACGGCACUUACACAGUCAGCUACCUCCCCAAAACCGAGGGGGAGCACCUGGUGUCUGUCCUGGUGUGCAACCAGCACAUUCAGGGCAGUCCUUUCAAGGUGAUGGUGAAGUCUGGGCGGAGCUAUGGGUCUCUUGGCUCCCAAAUGUCUUCCUUUGGAUGCGAGGGCGAAGGAGACGGCCAGCUGUGCAGGCCGUGGGGGGUCUGUGUUGACAAGGAGGGCUACGUGGUGGUGGCUGACCGCAGCAACAACCGGAUACAGAUAUUCAAACCCUGCGGGACAUUUAACCACAAGUUCGGCUCCCUGGGCUCCCGACCGGGUCAGUUCGACCGCCCAGCCGGUGUUGCAUGUGACACGCAGAGACGAAUCAUUGUGGCGGAUAAGGACAAUCACCGAGUGCAGGUGUUUACCUUUGAGGGCCAGUUCCUGCUCAAGUUUGGGGAAAAAGGCACCAAAAACGGGCAGUUCAAUUAUCCCUGGGAUGUGGCCGUCAACUCUGAGGGGAAGAUCCUGGUCUCUGACACCAGGAACCACCGCGUGCAGCUCUUCGCCCCCGACGGCUCUUUCCUCAACAAGUACGGCUUCGAGGGCGCCCUGUGGAAACACUUCGACUCCCCCAGAGGCGUAGCCUUCAACCACGAAGACCACCUGGUGGUGACCGACUUCAACAACCACCGACUGCUGGUCAUCCGGCCAGAUUGCCAGUCGGCUCGCUUCCUGGGCUCCGAGGGCACCGGGAACGGGCAGUUCCUGCGGCCGCAGGGCGUCACUGUGGACCAAGAGAACCGCAUCAUCGUGGCAGAUUCCCGCAACCACCGAAUCCAAAUAUUUGAGCCCAAUGGAAACUUCUUAUGCAAAUUUGGCACACAGGGGAGUGGCUACGGGCAAAUGGACCGCCCCUCUGGCGUGGCCGUGAUGCCAGACGGCGUCAUCGUGGUCGUGGACUUUGGGAAUAACCGCAUCCUCAAGUUCUAGACGCUGUUUUUGUUUUUGUUUUUUUGCAUUCUCUUCCUGUUUUUGCAGUUUUCCUUUUUUCCAAUGAAGGAAACCAGGAGGGAGAAUGAAUCAGCAGGAAGGAGACGCCAUCGCAAAGCACUGAGAGCAGACUGACUCCGAGGAAGACGAACCAAGCUGUUGAUUCUCUUCUUGACUCUCCUGUUGAGACCUGUGGGUACAAAGUGAUAAUCAGUCAAAUAAGGAGCCAUAUUUCCCUUCCCUGGCUCUCAGCUGCUCUCGGUUCUUUCUGUCGGCCCUCCGUUUCUUUACAUCUCAGGGAAUUUCACUCUUCUUGAAACCUUGUACCCUCUGCUCCACACCUACCUCAUUUAGCUCUUUAUGAAUGUACUCAUAGUCACUGAGCAGAGGUUAUAGACCGUGAAGUUUUACAAAGAAAGUCUACCUCUUUACUGCAUUAUUUAAGAGACAUGAAAAGAAUGGACUCUUGGGUUGAUGUUUGCACAGGAUUCAUGGAAUUCCCUCUGUGCUUUUUUGAAAUAUGAGUUAAUGUAAACCUGAAUGUUGUUGCUGAGACAAUACUCAGACCGCCGCGGACGGAGGCCGCAGCAUCCGUUCUCUUUGGGAGGCAUCGCUCCGGAGUGACCGCCUCUCCGUGGACGUGAAGCGAUGCCAAACCUUUAAAGGAAUCAAAAUGAGCUCAGGUCGCCAUGGCGGCGAUCCCAGCGAUCGCUGCUUCCCUCACACGCUCCCUCUGGCUUCAGCGGCUAAUGCUGACAAUAUUGAGGUUUUAUUUUUUUUUUUUGUAAUCAGCUCUAAAACUGUCUGCAGUUCCUAAAAUAAUGUCUCACAAAAAGAGAUGUGUGGUAGAGUAGAUGAUGGAAGAUGACAUGCACCCAGAGCGUUGUCUUCUCUGAAAGAAAUAGGAGUUGAUCCCUUUUGAGAUUUGAGAACUUAAGUCACCUGGAUGUGAAGAGACUAAAGUGAGUAAAUGUUGACCUUUAAGGCGAGGCGGGCUGCGUGAGGAAGUCCUCACAGGUCGACACCCUGUGCAGAGGACACCUUACCUGGAGGGCCCAAUGCGCCCUUCAAAGUCCGGCCCUUUGGCUCCUGGGGACCCAGGACUGAGUCCAGUCUAUUACCCUAUUUAUUUGUGCUUAGAGUUGAAAAGACGCCUCCUGAUUGAGCUUUGGUAGACCGAUUCCUCUAAAGACGGAGGUCUACAGACCAACUACUAGAGUCAACCAAAGUUAGUUUCUGCACAACAGUUGAUUGCAGAUUUGGCAAUUAAAAAAAACCUUUAAAAUCUUCUAUAUACUUUUUUUCUCUCUUUAAUUAUUGUUGAAACGCCUAAAUUUCCUGAAAACUCAUGGAGUUCACUGCACAGUCUGGGCCACAGGCGCGUGAGUGAACGAGCGUCCUCCCUGUACGCAGAGAACAGCAGGUUCCUGCACCAAAGACUAACGCCGCUGUCCCGUUUGAACCUCAGAGGGGUCAGAACGCCCCCGUUCCCCUCAGACCGGCAUCCGCGUGUCUUCUCUAUACCUCAGAUCGUGAAUACCUCAUAGCUCCUGCACAUGUAAACAAUCAAAUACCUCAACUGUCCUGGUGGAUACCUCAGUUUGUGGAUGUCUCCACCUCUUCUCGUGUGGCAGUGUGGUGGAGUACGUGCUUGAAGGACCAAAGAUGGCGGCUUGGUUUGGCGUUCCGACAGAACGAUGCUGUAAACUGCCUGCUCCGUUUAAUGCCUUUUUAUAUUCAUAAACCAAAUGGUCCGACGACAGCAUUGUGCCAAAAGCACCGGUGAGUUCUGUGCCAAACGUGGGCACCGCUGGGCUGCGAUAUCAUGGAUGCAGUUAAUGGAACAAACUUCUUCAUGGAUGCACUUAGGAGGGCCGGCCGCAUCCCCCUCGCCGCUGUGGGGGAGCGUCCGCCCUCAGCACAAGCGCGUCCGUGCGUCUCAGGAUACGGUUGCCGAAAAGCUCAAACGUGACAGAUCCGCCAUAUCGUUUCCACCAGCCGCUUUCCACCGUGAACGCCGCAGUUUUACCUGAUAUCGUUUUUCAGUAUUACUCUCAUCUUCACUGAAGCUGGAUCACUUUUGUUCUCUCGCUUUUUCACUUUUUUUUAAAGAUUUGCAGAAUUCUAUCUUUAAGAUCUUAAGAUCUUUACUCUUAAAGAGGAAAAAAUGUAUUUUAAACUUUUGUUGGUGUUUCAUUUCGUUGCAUGCUUUAAAAGUUUUGUGUUGUACUGAUGUCUCCCAGUAGGUGUUGGAAACUCGGAUGGGGUGUGUAGCUGGAUGUUGGGAUGGUUUUUCAGAAUAAAAGACGAGGCGCCCGAAGAUGCGCCCGUGCGUUAGGAUUGGGUCGGAUGACCCUUGACCUUUGCGAUUGUAAUUUCCUUGCAGGGUACAGCCUGCUACGCUUGGCAAUUCUUUCCCUUCUUUUGGGGGGCGGGGACUCUGUUUCUCCAUCUUAGUCCCGCCCCCGAUUGUUCCUCGGCUGGCUGCCUGCGCUGUGAUUGCAGGUUUUUGAGGAUGGAAGCGGCGCUCUAGCGUGCGACCUGCACGGUCGUAGACCUCCUUAAAUGAUUGUAAGCUGGAAAGGAAAAAGGUUUGAAAACGUAGAAAGUAAAAAAAAAAAAAAAAUGAUCUCAGGUAGUUCCCGGUGGCCUUGUGCUGCAGGUGUCCCACUGAUCCUGUCCCGUAGAGGAAUAAAUGUAGUGACCCCCCCUUUCAGUACUAGCCUGAUUCUUUUGUGUGCCCUUUACAUUAUUAUCAACAUGAAUUAUCAAUCAGAAAAAAGCUUUUGAUUUGUUUCCCUGAUUUCUCUUCUGGAGUUGUAGAGAAAAGUCCAAAUCCUUCUCACCACUCGAGGCUCGCCGUCCCUUUUAGAAUGUAUUUUGUGAAGAAAAAGGACGGAUGGAAUCUUGUUGGCGCCGCGCGGUGCGUUCCUCUGCGGGGGGUGUUGCAGGACAGGCCCUGGAUGGUGGGGGUGGGGCCUCAGACCCCUCCUCCACCACACCGUGCUGUCUUGUUCCCCCCCGCAGGGGAUUGUGGGCGUGGCGUCUGUGCGCUGGAUCUGUUACUUUAAGCAGAAAUCCACUGAAUGUAUCCUGCUCUCAGUCCACGAGCCAGGGGGCGCCGGCGAGGCAGGCUGAGUGGGGAAGAGCGCUGCCGUGUGUUCAAGGGGAGGGGGGUGUCAUCAGUCCAAACCGCAUGACACCACCCCCCUCGACAAACACUGAGCUGAGCGCACCUGUCGUGUCUUUGGUCCAAAUGAGGCUGCAGCUUCUCGGCCGCUCCCCGGACUCUGUGGACUUUAAACAUUUCCUAUGCAGUUCUCUUGGUUGUUUUUGUUUUGUUUACGCUUCAAUAAAGUUGUAUUUCUUUGGCUUCAA